ACCAACUAAAUAAAAAUUGCUCAUCAUUCUCUGAUCUUCGUCUCUCGAAACCUUUCUUUACUGCCCAUCCUCAAUCAUGGACCUUCACUUUCCCAAGCGCCAGUUACAAAUCCAAGGUCCACGCCCCAACCCACUCAGACUCAGCAAAGACUCCCAUAAAGUUAAAAAACCACCUCACCCGCCACCUCGCGCCGCUGUCCCUCCCGCUGUCCAACACCGUCGCGAGCCUGUAGUCAUCUACGCUGUCUCACCCAAAGUCAUCCACGCUGAACAAUCCGACUUCAUGUCAGUAGUACAACGAUACACCGGGCUUUCAUCCGAAAGCUUCUCUAGCGGUGGCGCAAUAUCGCCGGCGGCUAGGAUGGCAGUGACGGAGAAGGCAAGUCUGACCCCAAGAGAGAGAGUAGUAGAAGUGGGGGUGUUCGGGGAAGGUGGGAUGGAAGAGGGUUUGAUUCGGAUUCCACCAGGGAUACUUUCGCCUGCGCCGGAAGCGUUGCCGGCUGUAGAAACGGGAACGAUCUUUUCGCCGGCGUCGGAAGCUCGAAUGAUGACGGUUUUGAAUGACUGGAGCCCGAUGUUUUACGGGAGUGGGUUAAUGGCAAGCCCCUCUUCUAUAUUGCUUUCCGAGUCUUUAAUUUCUUCUCCAACUCUUUCUUCUGAUUUUUUUACUCAAAUUUGGAAACUUUAACCAAAAUUUAUUUAAAUUUUCCAAAUCAAAUUUUGGGUUUCUAUAUUUGGAGAUUGUAUUGCUAGAUUUAGUGGCUUCUUCAAUUGUAAUAAUAUGCUAACUUUAUAAAAAGAAAUGAUGAAUUUGUUGUAA